CCUGACGUCAGUAGAAACAGCAGAGCUUCUCUGUUGUGUUGAGAAAGUAUCAGUUAACUUCAUCAGUACUGAUCCAUCAUGCUGUUCACAUUAUUUUCUGGAUGUUUUUCCUCUGACUCAUCUCCCGGUAGCCUACAAAGCUAAUGAAGUUAGCUUAGCAUGCUGGCUGGAAACAGAGCGAAUGGGGGCGGAAGUUAGCAACACAGCGCUAUUCGGAGUUUAAAGGAGAGUAAACGGUGUUUUUGACGGAGUUUGAGUAAAGAACACGUAUCUUACGUUGUGUUAAAAUGUCUAAAGCACAAAUACUGAGAUCUUUAGUCAACCAGCGACUCACUGCAGCUGCUGAAGAGAUAUUUGAGCUGUUUGAAAGAACGAUAGCAGAGCACGAGGAGGAACUUUCUCGUUCUAAAGAGGAGAACGAGCGACAACGGAAACUCCUGGACGCUGUUUUCAACCCUCAGCUUCGGUUACAAAAAGCAGAUGUCCAGCAGCUGUUGGUGGUUAAAGAAGAGGUUCCCCCUGAGCAGCAUGAGUGGAGCUCCAGUCUGGACCAGGAGGACCCAGAGCCCCCACACAUUAAAGAGGAACAGGAGGAACUCUGGACCAGUCAGGAGGGAGAACAGCUUCAAGGACUGGAGGAGGCUGAUACCAAGUUCUCAAUCACUCCUGUUAAGAGAGAAGUAGAUGAAGAGGAAGCUCACUCCACACAGCGUCAUCAAAGACAAACUGAACAGAUGGAAUUACAAAUACUGAGAUCUUUAGUCAACCAGCGACUAACUGCGCCUGCUGAAGAGAUAUUUGGGCUGUUUGAAAGAACGAUAGCAGAGUACGAGGAGGAACUUUCUCGUUCAAAAGAGGAGAACGAGCGACAACGGAAACUACUGGACGCUGUUUUCAAACCUCAGCUUCGGUUACACAGAGCAGAUGUCCAGCAGCUGUUGGUGGUUAAAGAAGAGGUUACCCCUGAGCAGCAGGAGUGGAGCUCCAGUCUGGGCCAGGAGGACCCAGAGCCCCCACACAUUAAAGAGGAACAUGAGGAACUCUGGACCAGUCAGGAGGGAGAACAGCUCCCAGGACUGGAGGAGGCUGAUACCAAGUUCUCAUUCACUCCUCUGAAGAGAGAAGAAGAUGAAGAGGAAGCUCGGUCCUCACAGCUUCAUCAAAGACAAACUGAACAGAUGGAAACAGAAGCUGAUGGAGAGGACUGUGGAGGACCAGAACCAGACAGGAACUCAGAUCCAGAUAGACAUCAAGAACCAGAUCCUGAUGAGAAGACUGGAGACUCUUCUGAAUCCGAGACUGAUGACAGUGAGGAUUGGAAGGAGACCAGAGAACCUCAGUCAGGUUCAAACUCUUUGAAAAAUGAUGAAGUCCCUGUCAGUGAUUCAAGAUGUGGGACUGGUGGGAAACAGUUUAGAUGCUCUGAUUGUGAGAAAACAUUUGGCACCCGUGGAGCUCUGAAGAAACACAUGAUAAUCCACACAGGAGAGAGACCUUACAGCUGCUCAGUCUGUAAUAAAACAUUUCCACGGAAUGGAACUUUAAAUUUACACAUGAGAAUCCACACAGGAGAAAAACCUUACAGCUGCUCAGUUUGCAAGAAAUCUUUCAGACGGAAUCAUGAUUUACAGAGGCACUUCAAAGCUCACACGGGAGAAAAACCUUACAGCUGCUCAGAGUGUGGUAAAGGUUUUAUUGAUAAAGGAGCCCUUAAGGCCCACAAUAGAAUUCACACAGAAGAAAAACCUUACAGCUGCUCAGUUUGCAAGAAAUCCUUUAAACGGAGUCAUUGUUUACAGACACACAUGAGAAUCCACACAGGAGAAAAACCUUACAGCUGCUCAGAGUGUGGUAAAAGUUACAUUGAUAAAGGAUCCCUGAAGAAACACAUCAGAACUCACACAGGAGAGAAACCUUACAGCUGCUCAGUUUGCAAGAAACCUUUUAGAGUGAGUCAUCAUUUACAGAUGCACUUGAAAGCUCACAGGGGAGAGAAACCUUUCAGCUGCUCAGAGUGUGGUAAAGGUUUCAUUGAUAAAGGAACCCUGAAGAACCACAUUAGAAUUCACACAGGAGAAAAACCUUACAGCUGCUCAGAGUGUGGUAAAGGUUUUUCACAGAGUGGAACUUUAACUUUACACAUGAGAAUCCACACAGGAGAAAAACUUUUCCGCUGCUCAGUUUGUGGUAAAGAUUUCUUUGAAACAGGAGCCCUGAAGAAACACAUGAGAAUCCACACAGGAGAGAAACCUUACAGCUGCUCAGUUUGCAACAAAUCUUUUGCACAGAGUGGAGCUUUAACUUCACACAUGAGAAUCCACACAGGAGAAAAACCUUACCGCCGCUCAGUUUGUGAUGAAAGUUUAAAGCCAUGUCAGCUCUGAAGUUACACAUAAUGUUUAGUGGUUCAGUUUGUAAUAAAGGUGUUACAUAGAAGCUAAAUCUGACAAACCACAUGGCGAAACACAGGGGAGCAACUAUGGAGCUUUUACUCUUUAUUUACUCAAGAGUGUGUUCUUUCAAUUUGAGAGCAUCACAUAUUGAUUCUUUGUGAUUAGUGAUAUAGUAAACCCUUGAUUUCUCUGAGAGAUUCAUGCUUUGAUUAAGGUGACACCUCGUAACAUUGGCAGGGAGCUUAGUAUUGGCUUUAGUUUCAUAAGUUAUAUUAAUUCAGUUUUGAUUUUCCAGUUAGUCUGGGGUUUCUAGAGGGGUCCAGGGGAAUGCUUACCUGGAAGAAAAUGUUGUUAAUUUUAAACUUGAAUGCAUUAAUUUGGUGCACUGUGACUCAUUUAGUUGUACUUGUACUUUGAAAUGGGCCAUUCAGUAUAGUCAGUAUACUUUUACUUUUGGUACACAAACAACAGUCAGAGACUAGAGUCAGUCUGUGAAGCCACGAGACGGCACACCCGGGUCCCUGUCUUUGCCUGCCGCCCAGCUCACGAUGAACCCAACAUCGAUUCCUAUCAUUGCGUGGUUGGCCCACAGGGCAGCAGAUCAAUGUAAAUUUUUUGAGUUGUUCCUGUUCCAACCUCUGGUCUCAUGUCCCGGCCACCAGACCCUCACCAGCAAGCUCCCCGUCCAGGUUGGGUCUAGAAAGGGUCCUUGGAUUCCCAUUUCUGGUCAUUUUCUGGCUUAUUUAUAUAUAUAGUCAGUGAAUCCUUAAUCUGUCCGCCCCUCUGGGACCACUUUGCCUUGGGAAAGCCUACCAGGAGCUACGGACCUUGACAACAUAGCUCCUCUGGUCACAGGGUCACACGCACGGCUGUUAAUGUUUCAAUUCAUUGGAGGGCUGUGGCAUUUAAGGCACGUCCCUUAAUGUUAAUAUUAUCACGUUACCCGGCUUUAUAGUGUUGAUAACCGUUAAAACUAAAAAAAGUCAUGCUGAUUUAUAUUUGCCAUUUGUAAUAUUACAGGCAGCUCGGGGUCAUAUAACCAAUGUAGUACUGCAUAGAUUUUGGUAUACUUUGUGUAAUCUGUUAUUUUCAUGUUUAGCAGCAGAAUUGAAGAAAAAAUACCAGAAAGCAAUCAAUGUGUUUAUCAAUUGACUCAGAAAAUAUGUGUUUUUCAUUGUGUAAUGUUAUAAAUUCAGUUGUCCCUGUUUAGUCAUCCAGUCCCAAGUGUGUUAUGACGAUUGUUACAUGUUUUCUUGGCUAAUUUAAAACUAUUGUCUAGUGUUGUGCAUCCUGAGCUGAGUACAUACUGUAAUAUCAUAUUAUUUAUC